CCAGCUUGGAACAAGCAUGGAAAGAAGCAAAACUAGCUGAGGAAAUAUCUGGUGUGGAGACUGGUGAUGAAAUGGAAGAAAAGGAAAGACGAAGAAAACAUGCCAAAAACUUAGAAGUUGCUGUGUUCAUCCAGAACGUGAAACAAGAUUUGCACAGGCAGGUUCCAUCAGUUGGAGAGUCAUCAAACAGUAAUGGGGAAAUUGAAGUUGCUGUUGUUUCAUCAACAUGGAUGAAUCCAAAUGAGAUGGAGGUAGCUUGGCCACCAUGUAAGACUGAUAGAAACCUCAAUGGGUCUUUGACUCUUCAUCAUCUCCCGGCUGAUGACUGUCAGUGGUGUGCUUCUCAUUGCAUCUUGUAUGCUACAACCAGCUUGGCACAAGCAUGGAAAGAAGCAAAACUAGCUGAGGAUAUAUCUGGCGUGGAGACUGGUGAUGAAAUGAAAGAAAAGGAAAGACGAAGAAAGCAUGCCAAAAACUUAGAAGUUGCUUUGUUCAUCCAGAAAAUAAAACAGGAUUUGCACAGGCAGGUUCCAUCAGUUGGAGAGUCAUCAACUUUCCAGGAGUUGAUAAUGCGAAAGCUGAAAGAAAUCAAUCAGCAGAUAGGGAAAAGGAUCCUGAGGUUUUUCUGGCGCAACUUCGAAAAUCUAACUCUGCAUCGCGUUCGUAGUAAACAUGUUUGGAUCAAGGAUGGAGAGUUAUGGACUUGCCGAUUCCAUUCUCAGGAAGUGUGUGGUUGUGGGAAGUGUAAGGAGGAUGAUGACUUGUCCCAUUGCAGGAGACAUAUACCUUACACUUCUUCCAUGACUCUCACGUGUCCUCUCCAUCUUGCCCUCUACCAGAUUGAGUGCCUCCGACAUGGGGAUGAAUGUGAUCAAUACAUUCACCCUGAACUCAGUAAAGGUCAUAGUUACUUACCUGAAGCUGCUCAUAAUGGCAUGCUCAGGAAUGUACAGAAGAUGCUAGAGGUUAGAAAUAGCAUUCUAGAGAGUCAAAAUAUGGAAGGAAAGAAAAAGUACAGGGUGAUGAUGAAGUGGGCUCAAGUGGAGGAAAAUGAAGAGUGGAAACAGUGGGUAAAACAGCAAUCCUUCAAGCAUGAUUAUGGUCAGGUGGAGGAUGAUGAUGAGUUUCCCGAAGAACAGCAUCUCGAAGCCACAGUAUGGCUGACCAUUGCUGUAGCCAAAAGGGCAGGAGCCAUAGUGGCACUUGCAACGCCACCAGUCACUGCAGGCCCCAAACAGGCUGUUUCAUACUUGCAUGGUAUUGGAGGCAAAGAUGGUAAGGAGACCAUAAUCCACAUGGUGAAGGCCCUUAUUAGGAAGGAAGUAGCCCAGGAAUAUUAUUUUCUUGGAAAGAAGGGAAAGAAGUGCUUCAAGGAAAUAAUGAUCUGCAAGUCGAUCACAGGGACACAGGCAGGAACAAUUUUCGGGUGGUUUCUUAUGAGGCUCCACCCUCGCUCCACCCUCACCUUCCUCUUCUUCCACAUCAAGCUCUACAACCUCACCCGACUCCAGCUUCAAUCAAGGACACCUAAU